AACGAAGGGAAAAAGAAAACAAAAACAGAUAGAGAGAAGAAGGAAGAAAAGAACCUCCUUUUGAGGGGCUGUUUGGUUCUCCGGAAUCCAUCCACCCUCUCUCUCCAUCUUCCUCUAUCUAUCUCAUUUUCUCAUUUUCUCUCUCCUAAAAGAACGCGAGAAACCGACUGAAAAAUUGCAGAGAGAGAAGAAGAUAUUGAAAAUUGUGGGAAUUUUUUUUUUUUUUUGAAAUUUCUAGAGGGGUUCUGGGCGUGUGUUAAUGGACUUGGAUAAUAUCGAGUGUGUAUCGUCAUCGGAUGGCAUGGAAGAGGAGGAGAUCCACCACCUUCAUCACCAUCAUCACAAUCUCAAUCACAAUCAUGUGGUUCAUCAGUUCUCGUCGAAGCCUCUUCAAAACGGCGUCGUUCCUCCGGCGACUGCUCCGGCGACCAGCGUUCAUGAAUUGCUUGAGUGCCCCGUGUGCACCAAUUCCAUGUACCCACCAAUCCACCAGUGCCACAAUGGACACACCCUGUGCUCUACCUGUAAAACAAGGGUUCACAAUAGGUGCCCUACUUGUAGACAGGAGCUUGGAGAUAUUAGGUGCUUAGCACUGGAGAAGGUGGCUGAAUCUCUUGAAUUGCCUUGCAAGUAUUACUCCUUGGGCUGCCCGGAGAUAUUUCCUUAUUACAGCAAACUCAAGCAUGAGGCAGUAUGCAACUUCAGACCAUACAAUUGCCCAUAUGCUGGAUCCGAGUGCUCUGUUGUUGGGGACAUUCCUUUCUUAGUUUCCCAUCUCAGGGAUGAUCACAAGGUGGACAUGCACACUGGAUGUACAUUUAACCAUCGAUAUGUAAAAUCCAAUCCCCGGGAAGUAGAAAAUGCUACCUGGAUGCUAACAGUCUUCCAUUGUUUUGGUCAAUAUUUUUGCCUUCACUUCGAAGCCUUUCAACUCGGCAUGUCCCCUGUAUAUAUGGCAUUCCUUCGUUUCAUGGGUGAUGAGAAUGAAGCACGGAACUAUGGUUACAGCCUGGAGGUUGGUGCAAAUGGAAGGAAACUCAUAUGGGAGGGUACUCCAAGGAGCAUCCGGGAUAGCCAUAGAAAGGUCAGGGACAGCCAUGAUGGUCUCAUUAUCCAAAGAAACAUGGCACUUUUCUUCUCCGGUGGGGACAGGAAGGAGCUGAAGCUGAGAGUUACAGGAAGGAUAUGGAAGGAACAGCAGAAUCAAGAUGCUGGUGUGUGCAUACCCAACCUCUGUAGCUAACACAGGUGAUUUUGAUGGCAUUUUUCAUUUGUUGUGUGUUUUGAGGUCCUGCCCCCUUACCCUUGUGUGUUGUACCUGUGCCAACUUUUUCCGGUAUGUUUUAAUGGAUGAAAGUGUUGGGAACACUCAAAAUUAUAUAUCGACAAUGGAGGAUUUAGCUUCUAUAAAUUGUAAAAUAAGCAGCUUUUCUUCCUUGCCAUAGCCUUUUGCUCCGGAACUAUACUAUAAAACUAUACUAUAGUUACCCUGGGUA